CUAUAUUCCGGUCCAACACGACGUUUUUUUGUCUGUCUCAUUCCUCAUGGGCUGCAGUAUUUCCAGACCCGGAGGCGACCACGCUGCGAGUACACUACUUGAGCUCGCACCUGUAAUGACGGCUGGUAAUGGAGAUCCGGCACCAGAACUUGACCGAAACACGCUUCUACGUGCUCUCGCCAAUGUUGCUUCAUACAUCGAUUCUCGAAAGGCCAAUAUCACUGUUGUCGCUGUAGGCGGUGCUGUGAACACCAUAUUCUUCCAAAGUCGCCAAUCGACACACGAUGUUGACUUUUAUAAUCACAACCUUCGUCAGUCGGACUACGAACUCAUCAUGAAGGGUGUCAAGUUCGCACAAUCUCGCGACCCUAUUUUACAGGGUGAAUGGUUCAAUAACCGGACCAUUCUUUUCAUUCCAAAAGCACAGCGAAGUUAUUUGACCGAACAAGCAAUCUCGCAAAAUGAGAUCAUCUUCGAGAGACCCGGCUUGAAGAUCGUUGCAGCACCGUGGAAUUACGCGAUUUGCGCAAAGCUUGAUCGCUGCGCGGGAGCUGGAAUCAAUGGGCAGAGGCCUUACGACUACUCUGAUGCUGCGACAUAUCUGCGUCGUUACCUAGAGAUGUAUCACCUUCAAUUUGUUCCUCGAAGCGAAGUAUGGAAAUGGGCAGCUAGUUACUCGACGACUGUGACAGAUGGUGUUCUAGGGGAAUUGAAUGCUGUUUUCAAAAGUUUAUACGGUCGGGAGCCAAUAAGAAUGAGUAGCUGA